AUGUGCUUUUCCGUUCCUACGUCCCUUGUAGAACGAGACGAGGAGGAGCAGGAGGAAGAAGAAGAGGAGGCUGAGGAGGAAGAAGUGGUUCGGGAGCCGGAACCGGUCAAGCCUGGACCAGAGGAGGAUCAGACUCUUCGAAGCCUGGAGGACGGUGUCGAGGGCUUACCCACGACAGAGCCUGCAGCCACGGCUCAGGAGCUGCCCGAGCCCUACGAGCUGUUCAAUUCGGACUUGGCGGACCUGAACGCCGAGCCGUCACCGUUGAAGACGCAACUGCCAGCCGAGACUCUGACCAAAGGCUUCAUGCCGACCCACAUCUUCCUUUUGCAGGUUAGAAUCGGGGCGAUCUGA